ACAUUAUUGAUCUUUGAUUAUACAAUCUCUACAUAAUUAAUCCUUUCAGAACUUGUAUUUGAACCAAAAGACCCCUAAAUUUAUCCAUGAUCUAUUUCAACACAUCAAGCAUUUCUCAGUAAAACCCCUAUUAGUCAUGCUGAAAAAAAUAUAGAAGUGCAUUGCCAUCAUAUUGUGAUUCAACUUACUUUAAAUUAAAUUUGAUUAUUUGACGGCCCAGCAUUUACAUCAACAAGUCAGUCUUUCUUUGUUAACAGCAGGGACAAAAUAUUUGACCACGUGAUUAAUAACCUUUAUAAUGUUGACUAUUGCAUGAACCUCUAUUUUAUACUAACUAGAUUUUAUAUUAUCAGGCUGAAAAUUGAAAAUGCAGGGGCUAUUUAUUUUUGAGAGAAUCUUUUGUUUUUCUCUUUUUGACCCAGAUUUAUGGAGAGAAUUAAAUAAUGGAAAAAUAAGGUCUAAAUAGGCAUGAGGGAGGCCAAAGGAUACCAACCAACCAGGAAUAGAGCUUUCUUGGAAAGCGCACCAUUAACAGAUUCAGUUAUAAUCUGAAAUAAGCGCUCUUUCACGUUUCAAUUCAAUCAUGUAGAAGAAGAAGAAAAAAAAGCAGAAACGCAGCAGACCCAUUUCAGAAAAAAAAAUUAUAGAAUGGCCGGCGACUCAACGCCGGCAACCGGAAAAACUCUCUCUUCAGGAUCAAUGGAGAGACGAAAAUGGGGAGUUUCAGCCUCUGAUGUUGUGUCACAUUUUGGUACCAGUGGAAUGUCUGUUGCUGCUGCUACUGGCAUCACUCAUCCUUUAGAUGUUAUAAAAGUUAGACUGCAGAUGCAACUUGUUGGUCAGAGAGGUCCUUUGGUCGGAAUGGGAAGGCUUUCUCUUCAAGUAGUUGAAAGUGAAGGGCUGAGGUCCUUGUAUCUGGGAUUGGCACCUGCACUGACAAGGUCAGUUCUUUAUGGUGGCCUCCGUUUAGGCUUAUAUGAACCAUCUAAAUAUCUCUGUGAAUUGGCUUUUGGGUCCACCAAUAUCUUGGUGAAGAUUGCAUCUGGAGCAUUCUCAGGGGCCAUAGCCACUGCACUGACCAAUCCUGUCGAAGUCUUGAAGGUACGGCUGCAAAUGAACACAAGAUCGAGCUUAGGACCAAUCCAUGAAAUGAGGAGAAUCGCUUCAGAAGAGGGAGUAAGAGCUCUCUGGAAGGGGGUUGGGCCUGCUAUGGCCAGAGCUGCCACUUUGACUGCAUCUCAGUUGGCGACUUAUGAUGAAUCUAAGCAGGCACUUAUAAAGUACACUCACCUGAAGGAAGGAUUUCAUCUUCAUCUCAUCUCAAGUACAAUUGCAGGGACCGUAAGCACGCUUAUGACAGCACCAAUGGACAUGGUUAAAACCCGUCUUAUGUUGCAGAGAGAAUCAAGUUGUGCCGGAAUGUAUAGAAAUGGAUUGCACUGUGCAUAUCAGGUACUUCGCACUGAAGGUCCUUCUGGUCUUUACAAAGGAGGCCUUACAAUAUUUGCAAGAUUGGCUCCACAAACCAUGAUUACUUUUGUACUCUGUGAGAAGCUUCGGGGGCUGGCUGGACUAAAGGCUAUUUGAUCUUAGGCCAAUUCAUUUACACUGAACACCUCUUCUCCUCCAAAAUCAGAUACAAGAAAGGAAAACAUUGAUAUUGAAUAUGUAGAACCUUUAUUUAUUUUGGUUCCAAUAUUCUGUAGGUUCCAAACACUUGUGGUUGAUGUACCAUCCAUUCUUUUGAGGUGGAAGGAAUAAUAGUAUAAUACGUUUUCCCUUCCACUUCUCGAAUUUUACCUCAUUUUCAUAGGGUCAUGUUGUAUCAAAAUAUCAACUUAUAAAUGUCACAAUACAAUUGUCAUCAGGCUUGUCUACAAUUCCAGACUUUA